GAUGCACUUCUCAGUAAGCACAACGUACCGGCGAUGAAUUCCCUGAGAGCAAGCAACGGCCGCCUCCUUCCCACCUGCGGGGCUCCAGGCUCUCCCGCCUCCUCCUUCGCUAGUUGCAUCUGCUUCCCUGGAACUGGAGUCGGAGGAGGAGGAGCCUCCUGCCGCGGCUGCGCAGACGCCGUCCUGCGGCGGAGCGAAGGAGGCGCCGGGCCUCUCUGGGCCUCCGGGAAGAUGGCGGAGUACGUGCAGGUGAUGAGGAGGGCGCUGCAGCAGCUCGGGGGUCACGGCGGCAUUCGCGGAGCCGUGUUUCAGCUGCUGAGGGUCAAUGAACUGAAGACCGGCGCACUAGUAGGCGUUGAUAAAUAUGGAAACAAAUACUAUGAAGACAAAAGAUAUUUUUUUGGUCGCCAUAGGUGGGUUAUAUAUACUAAUGAAAUGAAUGACAAGAACACAUUCUGGGAAAUGGAUGGAAGCAUGGUGCCCCCUGAAUGGCAUCGUUGGCUUCACUGUAUGACAGAAGACCCUCCAACUACACACCCUCCAGUGCCUCGUAAAUUCAUUUGGGAGAAUCAUAAAAUGAAUUUAAGUGGUACUCCUAGACAGUAUGUACCAUUUUCUACCACCCGUAAGAAGAUACAAGAGUGGGUCCCACCUUCUACACCUAGCAAGUGAAAAGAAAGGAAUAUGGUGAUCUGCGAAGCAUUAGACCUACAAUGUGAACUGUAGCUUUCUUUGGGUUUUUAAAAUAAAAGUCUUUGAUCAGAAACCUUCUGAAAUCAGAAAUAUUGAUGAGAAGAGAACUAGUGAGUAGCAGAUGGCAGAUUAUGCAAUAAUCUGCAAGACAGCAGUUGUGUAUGAAAUAUCUUUUUGUAGAAGCAAGAGUUUGCAUCUUUAAGACCAGAAAAUGUACUGUGGCAUAAGCUUUUGUUGAUAAAAGUCCAACAGAUGCAACAACUUA